AUGUGUCGAUGCACACAUCUAUACAAAGGUUACAGUUCAUUUGUGAUGAUGAAACUCUUUCUUUCUCUUUGCUUUUAUUUCUAUCUUUUACGCUCUCUUCCUUUCCCACUCAUCUUCUCUCCCUUUCUUUCUGUUUUUGCUUUAUCUUUCUUUUUCGAUCACUCUUUCUUUCUUUCUCUUUCUCGCUUUCUUUCUCUCUCUAUUUCCUUCUCUCCUUUUUUUUCUUUUUCUCCGUCUCUUUCGCCCUCUCUUCCUUUCUCUAUCUUUCUCUUUUCCUUUCUGUUCCCCACUUUUGCUGUCUCUCUUUUCCUUUUCCUCUGUCUAUUUCGCUUUCUCUUCCCCACCUCUCUCUCUCUCUCUCUCUCUCUUUCUAUUUUUCUGCUUCUCUGUCUAUCGCUUCUAUCUACAAUCUUUCUUCUUGGUUCUUACUCAGUCUUUUCUUUUCUUUCCUUUCUUCGUCUCUCUUCAACUUCAUCCUUCUCCAUUUUUCUUUCGUUCUUUUUCCUCUCUUUACUACAUCUCUGCUUCUCUGAAUUGUAUGUGUGUGUGACUUUCUCUCUCUCUCUCCCUCCCUCUAUCUAUUUAUCUAUCUAUCUCUGUCAUUUUCCAUUUCACUCUCACUUUCAAAUACAUUUUUUUCUCCUUUUUCUUUCCUUCACAUUCACAAACAAGUACCAUUUCCUCUACCCCUUCGUUUUCUUUCUCUCUCAAACAUACACACAUAUAUAUAUAUACACCUUCUUUUCUCCGUAUUCUUUCCUUCCUUCCUACUUCUCCUUUCCUUCGCCUUCUCUCACUCAUAUGCAUUCUCACUCCCUCUCUACCUACUUCUUUGUCUCGUUUUGCUCUCUUCCUCUUUCUCGCCUUUCCUUUCCUUUUCUUUCUCUUUAUCAUGUAUACGCUCUCUUUUUUUUACUUUCUCCCUGCUAUACUCUUUAUCUUACAUAUAUAUUAUCUUUUCUAGUCCCCCUCUCUCUCCACUUUCUUACACUUUCUUAUUCUUACAAACUCUUUUCUCGAUUCUUCAGAGCAAGAAAGAAGGAAAGAGUUGCAGAAACGCAACGACCCGCAUGA